AUCACCACCGUCCGUGGGAAUCGUACCACAAGGAGCCCUCGGCGUUCUGCUGCUCCGUUCGGGACUCCUGUCCCUCUUCCGCUCGAUCGGAUUUAAGAACGAAGGGGAUGAGAUCCUUCCAUCCAGGCGCCUCCAAAGCCCCCAUGAAAUUUAGAAUGCCAACGGCGGAGAAUUUCGUGCCCAUUCGCUUGGAUUUGGAUAUCGAUGGUCAGCGCUUCAAAGAUGCCUUCACUUGGAAUCCUAAUGAUCCUGACUCGGAAGUGAACAAUUUUGCUAAAAGGACAGUGAAGGAUCUCAAACUACCUCCAACAUUUGUUACCCAGAUUGCUCAAUCCAUUCAAACACAAUUAGCAGAGUUUCAUUCAUAUGAAGGGCAAGAAAUGCAUAUCAAGGAGAAAAUUGUGCCGCUGAAGAUUGACCUUCGUGUUAAUAACACUGUAAUAAGAGAUCAAUUCUUGUGGGACAUAAGCAAUUUGGAAAGUGAUCCUGAAGAAUUUGCACGAACUUUUUGCAAGGACUUGGAUAUUGGAGAUCCUGAAGUUGGACCAGCAAUUGCAGUUUCCAUAAGAGAGCAGCUUUAUGAGAUUGCAACUCAAUCUAUUUCUUCAGCCAGAGAAACCAGGGUUGGGAAGAAGGGUCGACGAGGAGCAGAUAUUGUUGCAAACAGUUUUGUUUUUUGCAGUAAAGCAGGCAAUACAGUGGACUUAGGAAAGUUAUUUGGCAGUAAAGGAAGUGUCAUCCGGAAAAGGAAAGAAUGGUAUCUGUAUGAGCCCAUUGUUGAUAUUUUGUCAAAUGAGGAAGUUGGGGCUCUUGAUGCAAGGGAAGAACUAAAUGCUCGUUUAAAGAGAAAGCUGGAUGAAAAAGAAGAGAGCUUCCAGACACGCUAUUCUCAUGGCUGAAUUGUGUCUACCCAUGGUCGACCGAAGGGGACUGCUAACUGCUUGACCGAGGGAGGCUUGUGUAGCAUCCUUGUAUCUGCUAGAAACAUUGUUCAUUAGCCAUUGAAUCAUAAACAAGUUUCUGCUGUCUCGAUCAUUUUCUUUGAUGUAAUCAAGAGUGUGCUUGCUGUGUCAAUUGCAUACUUGGAUGUAAAUAUUACAUGACACUUACCUUUAAA